UUUCGUUUCGGUCUUUCAGUCACGUUUCCGAGUUCAGUGCGAGCGGUCAUUGAAAAAGAACUUGUUGCGCCUUAUAUAUAAAUAUAUAUAGAUUAUCUUGAGCCAUGUCGAAGCCAGCCCUCUACUAUGCCACACUGAGUCCGCCCUCGCGCGCUGUCUUGCUGACGGCGAAGGCAAUUGGACUUGAACUUGAACUGCGCCCAAUUAACCUAUUGAAAGGUGAACAUCUGACGCCAGAGUUUCUAAAAUUGAAUCCUCAGCACACGAUUCCCACAUUGAUCGAUGGCGAUGCCAAUAUCAUAGACUCGCAUGCCAUAUGCGCUUAUCUGAUCGAGAAAUACGGCAAGGCACAUGAGUCACUGUAUCCCAAGGAUUUGGUAAAGCGCGCCAAUGUAGAUGCACGCCUUCACCUGGAUUCUGGACACCUGUUCGCUCGUUUGCGUUUUCUCUAUGAACCCGUCCUCUACUAUGGUUCCACUGAUUGCUCAGUUGAUAAAAUAGCCUAUGUGCAGAAGUGCUAUGAGAUACUAGAGGGCUUCCUCAAGGAUCAGACAUACUUGUGCGGCAACGAGUUGACUAUUGCGGACUUCUGCUGUGUGGCAACCGUGACAUCAGUUAACGAUGUGGCGCCCAUUGAUGAGUUCAAGUUUCCCAAGGUGCACGCCUGGCUAAAGGCACUUUCUGAGCUGCCCUACUACAAGGCCACCAACGAGGAAGGUGCUGAGGAGCUGAAGGCACUCUUCAAGACCAAGCUAGCUGAGAAUCGCUCCAAGUAGUUGCAGUUAAUUAUAUUCUACAUAUACAUAUAAAUAUUAGCCGGCAUUAACUGGCUUUUCAUUGAUCAAGUUUGUAAGUUUUUGACAAAUAUUUUAAUUAGAGUAUCUUGGAUAAAUAAAUUACAAUUUUUUUAAUUA